ACUGGCGAAAAAAGGGGAAAAGGAUUUCUACGAAAUACAUCGAUGGAAGUGCUUAAAUACGUUAUCACCGAUAAUAAAUUACCGUUAUGGAUAAAGCUUUACUUCGCCGUGAUUUUCACUUUUCUUGUGUUUGUGGCCAUAAAUUUGGCUGUUGGAAUUUAUAACAAAUGGGACAGCACACCAGUGAUCAUUGGAAUUAGUUCUACAAUGACUCCCAUAAAUAAAAUUCCGUUUCCGGCAAUAACGAUAUGUAAUAUGAACCAGGCCAAGAAAUCGAAAGUAGCGCAAUUGAAGCCAGGCUCGUUGGGAUACGCCAUGCUCCAAAAAACCUGUUAUAAGGAAACCAACUACUCGCAAUAUAUGGAUAUGCAACACAGAAAUGAAACAUUUCCAAAAUUCAUAUUGGAUAUUUCGGAAAAGUGCUCUGAUAUAAUAGUUUCUUGUACAUUCCAUCAGCAAAAAAUUCCAUGCACCGACAUCUUCAGGGAAAUUUUUGUUGAUGAGGGCUUGUGCUGCAUAUUUAAUUUUCUCCAUCCUUAUUAUCUAUACAAAUUCAACUCACCUUAUAUUCGGGACUAUACUUCAUCGGAUAGAUUUGCUGACAUCGCCGUUGACUGGGAUCCAAUUUCUGGAUAUCCGCAUAGAUUGCCGUCAAGUUAUUAUCCCCGUACGGGAGUAGGUGUUGGUAUUUCAAUGGGCCUGCAGAUUAUCCUGAAUGGCCACGUCAACGAUUAUUAUUGUUCUUCCACAAAUGGCCAAGGAUUUAAAGUCCUCCUGUACAAUCCGAUAGACCAACCGCGCAUGAAGGAGUCGGGAUUACCUAUAAUGAUCGGGCAUCAGACAAGUUUUCGCAUCAUAGCUAGAAGUUUCGAAGCACUACCUUCUAUAAGAAAUAUUCACAAGACAAAAAGGCAAUGUAUUUUUAGUGAUGAACAAGAACUACUCUUUUAUCGGUAUUAUACCCGCCGAAAUUGCGAAGCGGAGUGCGAUUCCAUGUUUUAUUUGAGACUUUGCAAUUGUAUUCCCCAUUACUUACCACUGGUUCAUCCAAACGCUUCGAUAUGCGAUGUGAUUAACUUUGAUUGUCUAAAUAGUGCAGAAUCGCAGAUUUUCGACACACAGAGUUCGCAGUGCAAAGAGUUGUGCCUGACCAGUUGCCAUGAUUUAAUUUUCUUUCCCGAUGCAUUUACCACACCAUUUAGCCAAAAAUACGUUAAGGCGCAGAGCAAUUAUUUAAAGAAUUUGUCAAGUGAUUACAUACGGAAAAAUUUGGCGGUAGUAAAUUUCUUUCACACUGACAACUACUUUAGAAGCAGCGUGAGGACAUCGUAUACCGGACCAACUGAAUAUAUGGCCCUCACUGGUGGUAUAAUGAGCUUAAUGAUUGGUUUCAGUGUAAUCUUCAUAGCCGAGAUAAUUUAUAUAAUAUUUUUUAUUUUAACAUGUUUGCUUCUUUUAAUGUUUUAAUUAAAUUA